UUUUCUUCCUUUUCCGGUAUGACGUGCCACGGGUGUUUGGGUAAUAUUUUGCGUCUUUCAUUCUCUGUAUAAUACAUUAGUUUCAACGUCUGCAAAAAUACAAGCUGCUUUUCAUUGGACCGGGUAAACUCAUUUCUUUUACUAGAAAUCAUUUUUCUACACAUAAAACAUUAAGUACUCUAAUAUCUCAAUUGAAUAAAUUUUCUCUUUUGUCUCUACCCAAUCUGAUGGAAAACGACAGCUUCUAGAUACUAAGUUGCUUUAUAAAAAUUUGUAUUCGUUUUGCAUGGUGACACUGUCAACAGUCGUGUAGUUACGCACUGUUCAGUUACAAUUCAUCAUUACGGAUUUGUAAUUAUAUGGUGAUAAACGAGAUUAUGUCUCUGAGCUCAAAUAGGAUAUCCAUUUACAAUAUUUAUAAAAAUUACACUUUUAUACAUAUCACGUUGAAAGUUCAAAUUUUAUCGGCAUAAUAUUCUACUUAAAUAAUUCAGUUCUUUUGAGGGUUUAACAUAAAAAUUUGCGCAUCAUAAGUACAGAACGUGAAAUCUAUCAUAAUGAACUGCACUGCAUGAUUUGCUUGAUCGUUGUAAUUGCGCAUACACAAAGCAAUCGAAAAACCAUCGCCAGGCAUUCUGGGUAAAAUUUCUGUGAGUAAUCAAAAUGGCUGUCGCAGAACGAUUUCCGUUUUGUAACUACGUUUCAACGGAAUUCGUAAAAAUUUUACUUUAGGUGAAGUUUUGUCGAACGAAGUUGAAACGCGUAGAUAUAUAUUUUAUAUUAUACAUGUUUUUUCCAGAUUAUUCGCAAUAUUGUUUACGAAAGAUAUUAAUUUUUAUUACAUUUACAGGGCGUUCGUUUUGCGAGGGGUGUAGAUGAAAGGAGGGGCGGGGGAAGCGCGCGCGCGUUGCAUGAUGGGUCGGCGGUCGGGAGGACGUACGGGGAGGGCGAAAGAACGAGUCGAGUUCACAAAAUGGCGGCCAAGCUCAGGCCCGUGACCAUAUAGUACGUGAAAAUUCGAUAAUUUUGCACGAUGUCGCGACUCUAUACAUCAAUAGUCGUUUAAUAUUGCGAAUACGUGUAUACGCGGUAGUUUAAUUAUUAAAUUAACGUGGUUUUGUGCGUAGUGUGUGUACGAUUGAGAUUUCAGUGCGACGCGCAGACGGAACGAUGCAGAAAACAUUAGAAUCUGAGUCUGGUAAGGAAUCUGGAUCCGAUUCUGAAAAUGAAAGUAAGAGUGAUAGCUCUUCCUCAGGAAGCAAUACAGGGUCUGGUUCAGGAUCAGAAAGUGACUCUAGCUCCUCAAGUGGUUCCGGGUCUGGAUCAGGUUCUGAUUCUGAUAAAUCUGAGAAGUCGGAUGCACCUGCACAAAGUGAUAGCUUCCAGAGCAAAAGUUCAAAUCACAGCACAGAAACAAAAGUUAGGCUUAAGAAUGAGUCUAGUCGCGAAUGGGAUGAAAAUCCUGACAUAUAUGGCAUCAGGAGAUCUGGGCGUUCUAGAAAAGAGCCUGAAAGGCUUGCUCCACAACGUGAAAGCGAUAGCGAUAGUCGCAAGAAAUUUAAAAAAAAGGGUUCACAUAAUUCGUGGAACUCUGAAAGUUCAGAUUCCGAAUCUGAGGAUGUUGAAAACAGAAGACCUCCCCCUAGUAAAUCGUUAAAUAGACGUGCAGCACAAAAAGCAAAAGAGAAAGCUAGGCCUCGAAAAAAACGAAUUUCUGAAUCAUCUGAAAAUUCUUCUUUCGACAGCGAUGAUAAUAGAAGGCAAGUUACAAGAAGAACUGGUACCGCAAUUAGUUACAAAGAAGAAAGUGAAGAAAGAACUGAUAGUGAAGAUUUAGUAGAAGUUGAUGAAGGUAGCACUGCAACUGCAGAACCAGAUAAUGCAGAAACAGUUGAACGAAUUUUAGGUCAAAGACUUGGCAAAAAAGGAGUAACAGGGAAUGUUACGACAAUAUAUGCUGUUGAAGAAAAUGGAGACCCAAAUCCGGAAAACUUAUCUAAUGAAGAAACUGAAAUGCAGUAUUUAAUAAAAUGGAAAGGAUGGUCUCAUAUACAUAACACGUGGGAAUCAGAAGAAUCUUUAAAAGCACAGAAAGUAAAAGGAUUAAAAAAAUUAGAUAAUUUUAUUAAAAAAGAACGAGAAAUUAAACAAUGGAGAGAUUGUGCUGGACCUGAAGAUAUAGAUUAUUUUGAAUGUCAAUUAGAACUUCAACAAGAUCUUUUAAAGAGUUAUAACAAUGUUGAAAGAAUUAUUGCUGAGUACAAUAAACCCGAUUCAGAACAUCCUGAUUAUUAUUGUAAAUGGGAAAGUUUACCGUAUGCUGAGGCCACAUGGGAAGAUGGAGCAUUGAUUGUUAAAAAGUGGCCAGAAAAAAUUAAAGAAUUUCGUGAAAGAGAAGAUUCGAAAAGGACACCCAGCAAACAUUGCAAAGUCCUCAAAUCAAGACCCAAAUUUCAUCAACUCAAAGGACAACCAGACUAUAUGGGAAAAGGGCGAGACUUAACUCUUAGAGAUUAUCAGAUGGAUGGAUUAAAUUGGAUGAUUCAUUCUUGGUGUAAAGAAAAUAGUGUUAUUUUAGCAGAUGAGAUGGGUCUUGGUAAAACUAUACAAACAAUAUGCUUCCUUUAUUAUUUGUUUCACACGCAUCAAUUGUACGGGCCAUUUUUAUUAGUAGUUCCUCUUUCAACAAUGACUUCCUGGCAAAGAGAGAUGUCACAGUGGGCUCCAGAUAUGAAUUUCGUCACGUAUUUGGGUGAUGUUACCUCUCGUAAUGUUAUUAGAGAAUAUGAAUGGUGUUACAGUUCAAAGAGACUAAAAUUUAAUGCCAUACUUACAACAUAUGAAAUAGUACUUAAAGAUAAAGCAUUUUUGGGUGCCUUAAAUUGGGCGGUGUUGUUGGUGGAUGAAGCACAUCGACUGAAGAACGAUGAUUCGCUUUUGUACAAAGCGUUGGCUGAAUUUCAUACAAAUCACCGUCUAUUGAUAACUGGUACUCCCCUACAAAACAGCUUAAAAGAAUUAUGGGCCUUACUACACUUCAUAAUGCCUGCUAAAUUUGCUUCGUGGGAAGAAUUUGAAAAAGAACAUGACAAUGCCGCUCAAAAAGGAUAUUCUAAGUUACACAAACAGUUAGAGCCUUUUAUUUUACGACGCGUUAAAAAGGACGUAGAAAAAUCUUUACCCGCUAAAGUUGAACAAAUUUUGCGAGUAGAAAUGACAUCUUUACAAAAACAAUAUUAUAAAUGGAUAUUAACCAAAAACUAUAAUGCAUUACGAAAAGGUGUUAAAGGUUCUACUAUGACGUUCCUAAAUAUCGUUAUCGAAUUAAAAAAGUGCUGUAAUCAUGCCUUUCUCACAAAACCGACUGAAAAUGAGAAAAAAGAAAGUAAUGAAGAUUACUUGCAACAGCUAAUUCGUGGUUCUGGGAAAUUAGUUCUUCUCGAUAAACUGCUGGUGAGAUUACGUGAAACUGGUCAUAGAGUAUUAAUAUUUAGUCAAAUGGUCAGAAUGUUAGAUAUUCUCGGCGAAUAUCUACAAAAGAGGCAUUUUCCAUUCCAAAGAUUAGACGGAAGUAUAAAAGGAGAACUAAGGAAACAGGCGUUAGAUCAUUUUAACGCUGAAGGUUCACAAGAUUUCUGUUUUUUGUUAUCAACAAGAGCAGGUGGUCUUGGUAUUAAUCUAGCCACUGCCGAUACAGUCAUUAUUUUUGAUUCAGAUUGGAAUCCACAAAAUGAUUUACAGGCACAAGCCAGAGCGCACCGUAUUGGACAAAAGAAUCAGGUUAAUAUUUAUCGCUUAGUAACAAAAAAUUCUGUGGAAGAAGAAAUAGUAGAAAGAGCGAAGCAGAAAAUGGUUCUGGAUCAUCUUGUAAUUCAACGAAUGGACACAACUGGUCGAACAGUAUUAGAUAAGAAAAAUGCAGGGACCAAUAACAAUCCGUUUAAUAAAGAAGAUCUGAAUGCUAUUUUAAAAUUUGGUGCUGAAGAUUUAUUUAAAGAUGAAGAAGAUGGGGACGAAGAACCGACUUGCGAUAUCGACGAAAUUCUGAGGAGAGCGGAAACACGAGAUGAAGGCCCUUCAACAGUUGGAGAUGAAUUGUUAUCUGCUUUCAAAGUAGCUAGUUUUGCUGCGUUUGAGGAAGAAUCUGAACCCGUUAAUCAGCUUAAUGACAAUGACGAUGAAAGCAAAGAUUGGGCGGAAAUCAUACCAGAAAAUUUCAGAAAGAAAGUUGAAGAAGAAGAAAAAUCAAAAGAAAUGGAAGAUUUGUACUUACCACCGAGAAGUCGGAAAACAUUGCAGCAAAUUAAUCAAGGUGAAGGAAGGGGCAGAAAGCGAAAGAAACUAUCUGGCGAUGAGUCUGAUGAAGGUGAAGAAACUGGCAGUGAGGCUGAAGGUAGUGACGAUGAACGUCCUAAGAAACGAGGUAGACCAAGAGUCACACCUCGAGAAAAUAUAAAGAGUUUCACCGAUGCAGAGAUACGAAGAUUUGUUAAAAGUUACAAGAAAUUCCCGGCACCGUUGAAACGAUUAGAUGAUAUAGCGGCAGAUGCUGAAUUACAAGAAAAACCAAUGUCAGAAUUGCGUUUCUUAGGAGAUCAAUUAAUAUCUAGAUGCGAUGCUUGUUUAUCUGAAUUUGAAAGUACCGCGAAAGAAAAUAAGGGAGAAGAAGAGGGCAAAGGUCCUGGCCGUAAAAGGGGCAGAGGACCUACGUUUAAAAUUGGCGGUGUUAUGGUUAAUGCAAAGUCUUUCGCAGCUGCUGUAAAAGAACUAGAACCUCUGGAACAAGCUUUGCCAUCUGACUCUGAACAACGGUCUAAUUGGCAUCUUGAUAUUAAAUUAAAACCUGCAAAUUUCGAUUGUGACUGGAGUUCUGAAGAUGACACUAGGCUCUUGAAAGGUAUAUAUCAGCAUGGAAUGGGUUCGUGGGAAGCGAUAAAGAUGGAUAACACUCUGAAACUUGGUGAUAAAAUUUUCCCAAAUGGUAGUAAACUUCAUUUAAAAAAAAUAAAUGCUCGUGCUGAAUACCUCUUAAAAGUCCUGAAGAAACAAAUUGAUUCAAAAUUAGGGGUGACUAAAGCAAGGAAGCCGCGAAAACCGAAAGAAGUUAAAAGUGCUAUCACAAAGGAGAUCAUAGAAGAAAAUGAUAGCUCGGGUGAAGAAAGUAGUAAAUCAAAAAAUAAGCUUGAUAAGCCACUUGUAAAGAAAGAAGAUGAAAAUGUAAUAAAAAAAGAAAUUAAGGAAGAAAGUGAAGAUGUAGCUGAAGAAAGGAAAAAGGAGAAGAAAACUAAAAAGGAAAGAAAAGAAAAUAAAAAGGCUAAAAAGGCUAGCAAACAAGCUGCAGGUCCAAUGCAUUUCACUGCAAAUAAUGAACCGAGAGCUUUGGACGUCCUUGGCGAUUUAGAUCCUUCUAUAUUUAACGAGUGUAAAGAAAAGAUGAGACCAGUGAAAAAAGCACUGAAAGCUUUAGACAGACCUGAUCAAUCACUCAGUGAAGCAGAACAAGUUGCCCAUACGAGACAGUGUCUUGUACAAAUUGGAAACCAAAUUAAUACAUGUUUAGAGGAAUACAGAGAUCCAGAACAGAUCAAAGAAUGGAGAAGCAAUCUCUGGUAUUUUGUGUCGAAAUUUACGGAGUUCGAUGCAAAGAAGCUUUACAAAUUAUACAAACACGCGACGAAAAAAGGAGGUGAAAGUAAUACGAGUGCUACAUCCAGUCCCGAAAAGAAAGACGAGCCAAGUAGUACAAAGAAAUAUAAUGAGAAACAUAUCGAAAAACAACAAGUAGAAAGUAGUAAAGAAAGUAGAUUACCAAAACGCAGAAUCGAAGAUACGGAAGAAAAUUCAAAUAGUAGUACGCCAAGUAAAAAACACCUGUCAGCUAUAUCUGCUGUUAGUAACAUUGGCAGUACUUCUGCAGUGACUAUCGGUGCUAUCACUAUAACUCCUAUUACGUCAACUCCAAAUUCUACAUCAAGUACCACUAAUAGCGUGGAUACGCCACGGCACAAAGAAAAGGAAUCAAAACACAAAGACAUAAAGAGGGACAGGGAACGCGAUAGGGACAGAGAUCGAACUCAUAGCGAUCGAAAUAUGGACAGAAUGAGUGGAGGAAAAGACGAGAGGAUUAGAAGAGACAGUGGAGGUUACAGUAUAGGUGGACAUUACAGUGGUAGUAGGGAAGAUGACCAUUGGGUAUCUCGCGACGGAAGAGAUAUUCGGGAUGGAAGAUUUGGAGACCAUAAACGUGAUCGUUUUGAUUCUUAUGGACGAAUGUCUAGUGGAUAUCACCGAGACAGAGACAGGGAACGUGACCGUAGUAUGCACAUAAAUGACAAGAGAAGCGAUUAUUACAGAUAUCCAUCGGGACCACCAAGUUACGGAUAUGGUCCAGGAGGAUAUGGGGGCGGAGGUGGUGGUGGUUAUCCUCAAUCUGAUAUUCCACCAAGCCAUUUUAGGGGUCGUGGUUACCCCGGAGACAGUUAUCCUAGUAGUGAUUGGCGACCGAACAAAGAUUAUAGAAGAGAUUACGACAGAAGACCACCUCCUCCAAAUGCUAACUCCUAGUGCUCCUUUUUCUUGUUAUCACUCUCAAAUGUGUCGUUGAACGGCUGUAACUUUAAUGGAGCCAUUAUUGUUUUACCUGACUGAGCAUUGUACAUUAUGCUCGCUUAAACGUGGCUAUAUGCUAACUUCUUUACACAGUUUAUUCUGUGAUUUAGUACCACUCGUGACUUGUAUCUAUGUAUAAAAUCUAUUCCAAUGCUUACUUAAUAUGCAAAACGAUUGUACUAUGAUCGAAUGGUCUUUUUUUUUUAAGACUUUUCAGGAGAGGUUGUGCACAGAAAACAAGCUGCUACAUAUUAUUGGUAUUAUAAUUAAUAUUUCUUUUCGUAUAUGUCAUCUUUUGCAAAAUAAUGGUAUUGAAGUUUUAAGUUUAUAUUCACCAAUCUUUUUUCAUACACGAAUAAUUAUGUUUCUAUCCGUAAAUCUGUUUGAUUACAGUGCAAUUACAGUAACAUUUGAUAAUGAACUAAAAAUCAGUGAAUGUGUUUGUAGUGUAUACUAUUACGUACAGUGUUAAAAUUCGUAAUCUGAAGUGUAUGCCUUCCUAAAUCAUAUGUAAUAUAUUUUGCAUUUUCAAUACUGAUGAUAUAUGUUCAAUAGAUGUUUAACUUCUAUACAGUUAUUCACUAUUUUAAACUAUGUAAUCUUUCAACAUAUGUCUUCAGAUUUUUAUGAUUGAUUUAUAGUUUAAUAAUUCAUCUACACAUUGAUCGAUAUCUCAUUGCAUUGCAAUAGAUACAUCAAUCAUCGACUGUUUUACUUCAUACAAUGAUAUCUGUAAAAUUGUACAAAUUAGUGAAUGUUAUAUAAAUUUUCUAUUAACUGAACAUCCACAAAAUUUUACAUCAAAAGAAACCAUGUAGAGUAACGGAAUACACGUGUAUUUAUUGUAAAAUUAGGAACAAAAUGACAAAUAUGGUAUUUGCCAACAAGAUAAUUACAUUCUUAAAAGAGAAAAAAAAUAUUAACUUUCUCCUCUUUUAUAGAAUUUAUACUUUCGCAAUUGAGAAGUAGAUAAGAAUUAUAUUUUUGCGUUCAUUCUUUUAAAGUACCAUAGUUUUGUAUUCUAUCCAAGACAAUGUGAGAUAUUGUAAAUAUUAGUAUAAGGUGAUAGUUAUAUUCGAUGUAUAUUUAACUCCGGAAUAACUCACAUAGUAUUCUGCUUUCGUGUAGAAGAAAAAAUAAAAAGACUAGCUCCCUUAGUUUUGCUUCAGUUAAAAACAUUUGAAUAUAACUAUGAUAUUGUAAGUAGAAAGAAGAGUAAUUGGUUUUUAAUUAUUCAACAAUCAUUAUCCAAAAAAGUAUUAAAAUAUUUCUGGACUAAAUUUUAGUGAGGAUUUAUAAUUUGUAUUUCAUGGUUUAUCUAAUAGGAUGUCACGAGCAAUAUAAAUUGCGUUAUAUUUUCGUAAUAGAUACUUGCGAAUUUUAUAUUCAUCCAAAAACUGAAAGU